AUGUUUGUUACUCAACGCCUGCUUCAGGCAUGCAGAAUCACACUUUUCAGUCGCGACAAUUGCGGCCUCUGCACCCAAGCCAAAGGCGUCUUAUCCGAUGUAUGGGACAAGCGACCCUUUGCGUACAAGGAAGUGAACCUAGCCUUACCGGAGUCCAAUUCCUGGAGAGAGCUUUACGACUUUGAUAUCCCAGUGAUACACAUCAGCAAGGCCAAUGCCCCCGAGGAGCAAGUCAGUGCAGCAACUAAAGCCGUCAAAUUAAUGCACCGGUUCACCAUCCAACAAGUAGAAGAAAAGAUGGACCAAGUCGAAAAGAAGUGA